AUGUCGUCAGCAACACAAUUGGGUAUAUCAGAAAGAGAAUACGAAGAAGCUUUAGCUGUGGAGAAAUUGUUUUUUUUAUCAUCAAGAGAAAGAUGUAAUUAUUGUAAUUAUGGAAAGUCAACAUUUGUUGACACAUUUAAUUAUGAAUUUUUAUGUGACAAAUGUUCAUAUAGAAGUAAACAUAAAAAGAAAAUAGGAGAAGAUUCGAUAAGUUAUUAUGAUGUGCAAAAAUUAGAAAAAAAAUUCGGUGAUUCAGCUUAUUAUAAACAACAUAGUAAUAAUAAUAAACAUCAUCACCACCACCAUCACCAUCAUAAUAAAAAGUCAAGUUAUAGUCAAGAAAAAAAAUCGAAAUCAAAAAAUCGACGUUCAUCAACUAGAAAACAUAUAGAAGUAGUAACAGAUAGUUCUGAUUCAGAGUAUGAUGAGAAAUUUAAAAAAAAAGAGAAAAAAAAAAAAAAAGAAAGAGAUAGAGACAGAGAUAGAGAUAAAGAUAGAGAUAAAGAUAGAGAUAAAGAUAAGGAUAAAGAUAGAGAUAGAACACGAGAAAAAAGUUAUAAAGAUAAUAAAGAUAGUAAAUAUAAAAAAAAAAAAAAAUAUGAUGAUUCAGAUGAUGAUUUUGAUGAUGAAUUUAGUUUAAAUGAUUAUGAUCCAAAUACUCCUGGUAUGAUUGGAAUUAUGAAUUCUAAUAAUAUGAGUAAUUCAGAUUACAAAAAUAAUUUCGAUAAUAAUUUUAAUGAAUUCGAUGGGAAUCAUUUAAAUUAUAAUCAAAUGAGCGAACAUAAUUAUCAUGAUUUUAAUGCAUUUAAUAAUAAUAUAAAUAAUCAUAUACCUUUUGAUAAUAAUAACAAUCCAUAUUCAAAAAAUAAUUUUCAUUUAAAAUAUAUGAACUCACCAAAUAGUGAUCUAGCUAAUAUCAAUCCAAUAUGUUCAGAUGAUUUUAAUCCAAUGUAUUUUAAUAAAAUGAAUUAUCCUAAUAAUUUUAAUAUGAAAUUAAAUGAAGAUAGUGAUAUAAAUAAUAAAAUGAAAUAUAAUAAUAAAAUGAGUAUGGUACCAUAUGACCCUUUUGAUAAUAGUAGUAAUGGUGAAAGCAAUAGAUAUAGUAAUGCUAUGGAUAAUGCAAAUUAUUAUAACACCACAAAUAAUAUGAAUAACAUGAGUAAUAUGAGUAAUAUGAGUAACUUGAAUAAUAUGAAGAAUAUGAAUAAUAUGAGUAACAUGAAUAAUAUGAAUAACAUGAAUAAUAUGAAUAAUAUGAAUAAUAUGAGUAAUAUGAAUAAUAGAUUAUAUUUAUUAAAUAAAAGAAAUUCUUUAAAUAAUAAUUAUUCACCAAAUAAUAUAAAACCUUUAUAUAAUCAACAAUAUUCAAAUAAAAAUUUGUAUAAUACCCUAAAUCAUAAUCAAAAUCCAUUGAACCAAAAAAUGUCUUUUGAUAAUAAUAUACCCAGUAAUAAGAAUAAAAUGUAUCAAAACAAAAAAAAUUCAACAUAUUUAUUAAAUAAUAAUCUAAAUAAAUCAAAUAGUGGUUCAGGAUUAUUACACUCAGGUAAUAAUAUGAAUUUAUUAUGUUAUUCACAACAAAAUAGUUUAAAUGAUAUGAAUAGAUUUCAUGAUAAUAAUAUGUAUAAUCCUGAUUUUGCACCUGUAAACGUUUCUGAUAAAAACCCAUUUUCUCUUCACAAUAUGAUAUCCACACCUAACAACCGAAAAUCAUAUAAUGUUUUAAAUAGUUUAAAUAGUGAUGUAAGUAAUAAUAAUAUGAGUAGAAAUUCUUUUAAGGCAUUGAGUUAUCCUGUUUUUGAUUCAAACAAAAAAUUUUAG